AUGAGCAUCUGUCGCUUCAGCGUUUGUCACGGAUGCAUGUUCAGAGCUGAAUUCGGGCUGCCACAUCGAUCCCGUUGGUGCCGUUGUUGGUCCCAUAUUGAGGAAUGGAUUAGCAUCAGUGAUGCCAUCUCCACCAUUAUCACUGGUGUUUCUACUGGAGAAUGCCCUCACGAAGUCAGCUUGAAAACCGUUCGAGUGUCCGUUGGUUUCAGAAAAUACUGUUGA